AUGUUGAUUCUAUUGAGGAAUUGUGUUAUCCCUCCUGCUCUGGUUCGUCAGAGGGCCACUUCUGUGGUCGGACUGCACAGAUUUUUCAGUUCCCGGAGUGGACUUUUGCAGAGGAUCGAACAAAAUGCUGCUGCUGAUGGGGAAACGGGGUUUGUAUCGCCACAGAUGUUGAAGAUUAUUCCAAAUGAUACGGAUAUUGCAACAUUGGAGAAACAGGAUGAACUGAUUAGAAGGAGGAGGAAAUUGUCGAAGGAAAUUACACAGAUGAAGAAAUUGAAACCAGUUUCGCCAGGUUUAAGAUGGUGGAGAACACCUAUCUAUCCGUAUUUGUACAAGGGAAGACCCGUGAGAGCUCUGACGGAGGCCAAGAGGGGUAAAGGUGGUAGAAAUCAUUCUGGUAGAAUUACUGUGCGUCAUAGAGGUGGUGGACAUAAGAGACGUAUUAGAUUAGUGGAUUUUACACGUACGGAUCCGGGUCAACAAACUGUGCAAAGGAUUGAGUACGACCCUGGUAGAACUUCUCACAUUGCUUUGCUGAAGAAUAACCAGACGGGGAAACUAUCGUAUAUUAUCGCAUGUGAUGGUUUGAGAGCUGGAGAUGUUGUCGAAUCUUACAGACAAGGUAUUCCUGAAGAUUUGUUACGUGAAAUGGGUGGUAAAGUUGAUCCUGCUAUUCUGAGUGUGAGGACUGCGCAAAGGGGUAACUGCCUGCCAAUCUCCAUGAUUCCUAUUGGUAGUAUUGUCCACAACGUCGGUAUCACUCCUGUUGGGCCUGCCAAAUUUUGCCGUGCAGCUGGUACUUAUGCUCGUAUUAUUUCCAAGACUCCAGAAAAGAAGAAAGCUAUUGUGCGUUUGCAAAGUGGUGAACAUCGUUAUGUGUCGCUAGAAGCAUGUGCCACUAUCGGUAUAGUCUCCAAUAUUGACCACCAAAACAGAUCUCUGGGUAAAGCUGGUAGAUCUAGAUGGCUCGGUAUCAGACCCACCGUGAGAGGUGUGGCCAUGAAUAAAUGUGACCAUCCUCACGGUGGUGGUCGUGGUAAAUCUAAGUCCAAGAAAUUGUCCAUGUCUCCAUGGGGUCAAUUAGCCAAGGGUUUCAAGACUAGAAGGGGUAAGAAUCAGAAUAGAAUGAAGGUUAGGGAUAGACCAAGAGGUAAAGACGCUAGAAAAUGA